AUUCGCCAUGGCUGCUGAACCACCUACUGAUUCCACAGCUCCAGUUACAUAUCCAGUUCUUCCGCCAUAUCCUGAGUUGAUUUUAUCUGCGAUUGAGGCUGUAGAUGACAAAAAUGGAGCUAACAAAUCGUCGAUUUCGAAGCAAAUCGAAGCCACCUACGGCAGCCUUCCGGCGGCACACUCAACCCUCCUUUCACACCACCUUAACAAGAUGAAAGCUAGUGGCCAACUUCUCAUCAUUAAGAAUAACUACGUUAAACCCGAUCCAAACGCGCCACCGCGACGAGGCCGAGGCAGGCCGCCGAAACCCAAGCAAGAUCUCCCUGAGGGUGGCACAGUCGCUUCCUCACCAAGACCCAGAGGCCGUCCGCCCAAACCUCGUGAUGAUCUUCCUCCGGUCUCAGCUCCCAAAGAAGCUGCUCCGUCAGUUACCGGCCGGAAACGUGGCCGUCCUCCGAAGUUGGGAAAACCUGCAACCACUGCUCCAGCAGCAGCAGCAGCAGGUGGUGAACGAAGGGGAAGGGGACGACCGCCUAAGGUGAAAACACCGACAGCUGCUCCGGUUGGGGCUUAAUUGAAAAGAAAAUUUAGUUUUAGGGGCAUUAGUGUUAAUUGUUAUUUUACUUUUGUUUUAAAAAAGUACCCUGUUUUUAGAACUUCUUUGCAUUGAGGUCGGCUAUUGUUUGUUAGUGAGUGUAAUUGCCAUGUAUAUUUGAAUUCAGUAGCUUUUUAGGCU